GAUGAACCCACUAAAACCAAAUUCUCGAGACAGGCCCGUACACGUAAAAAUAAAAAACUUAGGCAUGAUCAGAAACAAACCGAGAUGCUUCACGAGCUGGAUGUUGACAUUCCUUUGAGAGAGUGGACAAGUGUUCUUCUCUGUUCUUCAGAUCGGGUAUCGUCCAAAAAAAAUAAGACUCGGUAUGACAUAUCGGCCAGAGAAUUGCUAGUUGAAACUCUAAUUAGAGAAGCAAAAUCCUCCGACAGUAACUCUCUUGAGUUGCCUGAAAUUUCGUCAAAUUUUCUCUCUCUAGUCUAUACUGACAUUAUUAGAGAGACCGAUGUCGGCAUUGAGGGAUCAUCACCUAAUAUCACUAAUAAUCGAUUGUUGUUGUGGAAAAAACUCCAGUAUGGUCAUGAUAUCCAAAGUGAUAGAAACUUUCAAGAUCUUUUCGAUACAGCUACUGCACAUAAUAUUCGAAGAGAAAAGACUUAUCUGAUCAUAUCAGCACGUCAUAAUCUCCAAUCAAUAAGUAAAUUGGUCCAAUUCAAACAUAUAACAAAAUCAGAGUACAUUACGGAUCUAAGUG